UUUCAUCGUUCUUCAUCUUCUCACGUUGCUCUCAAUUUCAUUCAAUCUCCGCUGCUGAAUCCAUUUCUGUCACCACAACGACACUGUUCUUGCUUCGGGUAUGAGAAGCACAUUUCAUUACUUGGCUUUGCUGUAAAAGUCUCACUUCCCCUAAUCAUUAGUGCCCCCUCUGAAGCAAAGUAGUGAAAGUCCCAAACCAAAAUCGGCAAAAUCCUAGCCCUAAGUUCUUUGCUGCCGCCGUCCCAGGUUCUUAGCGCUUCCGCUUCUUCCUCUUCCCCCUGUCCGGAACCCAGGUAGCUCGGCACGUCAUCCCCAUCCUCGCUGGCUUCUCUUUUAAUGGCAAGCUAGGCAGAAAGAAGACACUUUUAAUGAUUGAUGUCGUGUUCUUUCUCGGUGCAAUAGUUAUGGCUGCAGCUCCAGCUCCAUGGGUUAUCUUAAUUGGGAGAAUUUUGGUUGGUUUGGGAGUUGGCAUGGCAUCCAUGACAGCUCCUCUGUACAUAUAUGAGGUCUCCCCUGCUAAGAUCAGAGGAGCAUUAGUCAGCAUCAAUUCUUUCUUAGUCACUGGUGGACAAUUCUUCUCUUACCUUAUCAACUUGGCAUUUACCAGGGCUACUGGAACAUGGCGUUGGAUGCUCGGUGUAGCAGGCGUUCUUGCUUUGGUUCAGUUCAUAUUGAUGUUUAUCCCUCCCUGAGUCACCUAGAUGGUUGUAUAGGCAGUAAGGAAGACGAGGCAAAGCAAAUUCUGUCGAAGAUUUAUCCCCCCAACGAAGUUGAAGAGGAGAUCAAGUUGAUGCGUGAAUCCAUCGAAACAGAGAAGGCAGAGGAAGGCUCGAUUGGGCAAAACCUAGGACAGAAACUCAAGGGUGCAUUAGCUAAUGAAGUUAUACGAAGAGCACUCUACGCAGGCAUCAUAGUGCAAGUUACUCAGCAGUUUGUUGGCAUUAACACUAUCAUGUAUUACAGCCCUACCAUUGUUCAAUUCGCUGGAAUAGCCUUGAAUUCCACGGCUCUUGCGGUUUCUCUGGUUACUUCUGGUCUGAAUGCCUUCCACGGCUCUUUUUUGUUUUUCUGAUAAUAACAAACACAACUAUGGUAAUUCGAGGACAGAGUAUGUUGUGAUGAAGGCAGAAGCAGAGGUGGUAGAGGAGAUGAUAAAGAAAAGGACAGUGUGCUUGGUGGAUGAACUCUUCUUGGAGUGUAAGAAUGAGUGGUGGCAGAAGGGGAAGAGAAAGAGUAGUCGAAGACGAAGAGCAUAUUGGGAGUGCUUAGCCUUGUAUGGAAGGCUGAGAGAUGAGGGUGUUGCAGUUCACCAAUGGUGGGGUUGAAUUUGAAUUGGAUUGAAAGGAGAACUUAAUUAUUAAGGUGCAUAGUCUUUUGUGUUUCGCUUAAUGGUCACCACUCUCCAGUGUUAUAUUAUGAUUUGAUGAUUGUCCUGUUUCUAGUUUCUUUCUGUAUUUUGGAAUUUGUCAAUAAGGAAUGCCAAGAAUGGUGCAUGUUGUACUCUAUCAUUGUGAUGUGAUCGUACUAUAAAUAAAGAAUAAAGGCUUGUUUUCCAUGAUUC